CAAUGUUUCAAGUUGAUGAUAAUCCUUAACUAAAAAAUCUCAAUCUUUUUCAUCAGAUUAAUACUGGAAAGUAUGAGGAUAUUCAAAUCAAAAUCUAAAAGCUCGAAUCUACAUUUUUCUAAUGUUUAAGCUAUAGUAAACAGGAAUAAAUGUAGUAAAUUGAGAAACUACAAGGCAAUAAUUAACAAUUAUAUGAUAAUGAACAAAAUAUCAAUAAUGAGUUAUUCAAAUUAGAACAAUUUGAAAAAUACAUUACUUAAUACUUUGCUCAACUUCGUUAAUAAUUUGGAAAUAUUAAAUCCAUUUGUUUCAUGACUUCUUAAUAAUUAAACUUAUUUUUCGAAGAAGCUCUGGAAUAAUUGAACAACAAAACAAAGUUGUAUUAGGAUAUUCUAAAACUUAAACUUAUAUAAAAUUCAUAAGGUAUACAUUCUUUUAUAUAUUUUAAGAUUUAUUUUCAAAAGCAUAUCCGACCUAUACAAACUUAAUACUUAAGAAAUGGUAUUUAAACAAUUAUUGUUAUCCAUACCCUAAUUAGUUCGAAAUCAAAAAAUUAAUAAAUAAAACACAGCUAUCUAAGAAAAAAGUAUAAUUUUUUUUUUAAUUAAGAUAUUAAAUUGGUUUAUAAAUGCUCGCAACAGCUUUAAGAGAAAAAAAUAAAAAAAAUAAAAAUAUAAAUUCUUAGUGCAGGAACAAUAUUAUACUUUAUUCCAGUCAAAAAAAUAAUCCUUAAACUCAAGUUAAGAAUAAUCAAAUUAACAAAUUUUAUUUUGA